AUGAGGACUGUGACUCUACUGCUCACCUGCGCUCUCCUCUCUGUCUGCUGGUCCAUGGGGGCUAUUGAACCUGAGGUUAUAGUGGACCCAGCAGAGGACCCUGCAGCUGAUGUAGCUCCUGCUGACUCUGCCUCCUCCUCUGCCUCAUCCUCUGCCUCCUCCUCUGAGUCUGCCUCUGCAUCAGACUCUGCAUCAGACUCAGCAUCAGACUCAGCAUCGGACUCAGGUUCUGACUCUUCUGCAUCUUCAGCUUCCUCUUCCUCUGAAUCCACAGAGUCUGCACAGUCCUCAGAGUCCUCAGAGUCCCAGUCCUCAGAGUCUCAGUCCUCUGAGUCCCAGUCCUCAGAAUCAUCUGAAUCUUCAGAAUCUUCAGAAUCUGCUUCAUCUGCCUCUGACUCUUCCUCAGCAUCCUCAUCAACCAGCACUGAAGCCCCUCAUGUGGUAAUGAAGAGGGACCUGGCGGCUGUAUUGCUCAGGAGAAGGAGAGCAACCGGACCGCUCGGUCCACUACAGCUGGAGAGCCUGCGAGAGGUGUGUGAACUGAACGAAGCCUGUGACGACAUGGCUGACACUGCUGGAAUAGUGGCUGCUUACACGGCUUAUUAUGGACCUGUCCCCUUCUAAAAAGACCACCUCUUCAAUCAUUACAUCAUUUUAAACUAGUGCCGUGGCCUCCCUGGAUGCAGAAAACAAACCUAUUGUACAUUUAAAUUCUUGCUCAGAUCACCAGAAGUGUUAUAUCCAAAGGCCUUGUAUGUAAAAUGUAAAAGGCACAUGGACUCACAAGCCUGUGAAUAACUUUUAAAGCCCACUUGAGUUUAGAUUAUUACUAAGCUUCAGCAAAACAAAUGGUGCUACAAGUGCAAUUAUAAUGUAAGAGAAUGUAUUACUAAUGUAUUUUUAUAUGGUGCUUAUUAUGAUGCUUUUAUCUUUACAAAUGGAAGAUUUAGAUAUUUUUA